AAUAUUCCCGAUGAGGAACUGCCGUAUGUGGGUGAUGCACGUCAAAAAUGUCUUUGUGUUAAAGGCGUUCCGAGUGAUUGGGAUGAGGUAAGCGUUGAAAUUUUGUUGCUUUCAGUGCCGAAUGCUCCUGCUGACUUUAAAUGA